CUCGGUCUGGGUCGUGUUUUGACAGGUCCCGACAAAAUAAUUUAAUAUUUUAAACCUAUUAGUUAACGAACUUUAAGCCCUAUUGCUUCAUAGAAUAUCAGUGGCUUUAAAUGAUCUUUAGAAGGAAUAGGUUUCAUAAAGUCUGUGACAUCCAGCCAAGUGAGGUAGAUGUGCAUGUUUUGUAGCAGGACAGAUGAAUGACAGUGAACCUGACGUGGCAAACUCCCCAUCUAGGGUUGGAAACUUUGUUAUUGCUUAUUCUCAAGAAAUAGAUAUUGUUGAGAGUAUUCAGCCAGACAAUUUGAUCCAUUUCUUAGAUUCUGAGCAGAACGCGAGUACCAGGGAACUGUGUGAUACAGAUACUUCUUUCUUCCCUAGAGCUUUCACAGAGAGUGAAGAAAUUGAACGAAACAUAGUUGUAAAUGAGCCUUUACAUGUUAGUGAUAGGUCUAAGUCAACUGGCAUAAAAAAUAAAGGACUGAAAGACAGAACUAUGGCAGGUAGGAGUGCUGGAGGGUUCACAAACGGUUUUCAGCCUGAUGUUAUAAUGUCCAAUUCUCAUCAACGCUCAGGCCCAGAUGGGAGCCCUGCUCUGGUACCUGCAACGUCGCAGGGAUUUUCAGCAAACUUGAGUGAAACUGGCGAGUUAUUUGCUCCUGUGCGUACGCUCACAUUUUCAGAUAUUGAUCAAAGUUCUCAUAUUGAGGACAGUUAUGUGAAUGAUAGUAGAUUGGUGUCUACUCCAAAUAAAUCUGAAAGAAAACCUAAUAGCUAUGACUACAGUAGCAUGCAUGGUGCUCAUUUACAUAAUACUGAGAAUGAUGAGAAUGCACCAGCUGAAUAUAGUGAUUCUAGUGAUUCUGAUAAUAUGAUAAAUGGAAUAAGAAAUAGUGAAUCUCCAGAGUUCAGGCAGUUGGAAGGAGAAGCUGACAAUGAUUUGACAAGUACUGGACCUUUUCACCCCUCAGCCCAUGGAUUGAGCAAGGAAUUUAUGGACAAUUUUGUUGGUAAGACAGGGAAUCAGGCUGCUAUAUGUGAUAAUGGUGACAUCUUCUCUCCCCUGGGAUCUAAUCAUUACGCAGAUAGACAGAUGCAUAGCAUCACCCCACCAUUACAUUCACCUGGACCAAAUAGCCCCUAUGCAAGGAAAUAUGGCUCUCCAGGAGGAAAAAGGUCACCAAGAGUUGAAAGGUCACCAAGAGGACGACCUUCUCCGAAAGGUCAAGCAGAGCCUAGAGAGGAUCCAGAUGAAAUCCAGUUUGCCAUGUCACCUACAAAAACUCAACCAGACUUCCACCCCUUUGAUAGAGAGAUUUUAGGAUUAGGUGAGCAGAAUGGGCAUCAGCAGAGACAAGACUUUGACACUAGGGAAAAGUUCUAUUUUGGAAAACGGACAGCUGAAAACUCAUUUAAACCCAUUGAGAAACAGCCACACAGUUUCAAUCCAGCUACAAUUCCUAAGAAUUUGAAUGAGUACUUUGAACAGGUAACUAGUGAUCAUUUUUUAAUGAGCAGAAGUCAGCACAGUAAAUUUGCCAAUUACGAAAUGAGCAGAAGUCAGCACAGUAAAUUUGCCAAUUACGAAAAUGAGGCAACAGAAAUGGAGAGCAGGCAGGGUGAUGGAACAGAUAAUGACCUAGACGAGCAACCUCAGAGACUUAAAGUAAGUUCCAGCAAUGAUGAUCAGUUCUCAGACGUUUCACCAUCGGCAUUUGAGAAAAGGUAUUUACAGAGAACUCAAGUGUCAGUUAAACUUCCACAGGCAACAUACGAUACGAUAUCUGCAAACUCGUCUCAUGAUGAAAAGUUUGCUUCUGGCGAUCAGUUGCAACAUAAUAGAGCGGAAAUGUCUGGUUUCAAGUCUAAUAGGGCGGAAAUGUCCGGUUUCCCACCAGAUGUCACAGCUUCUGGAGCAGACAGUCGACCAGCUGCUGAAAAUGCUACCAAGUCUAGUCCGGGAAAGGUGAUGGACCUUUUGCAGAAUCAAGUAACAAAAAAAGAUAACUCAGAAGAGGUAAAUGAUGGGUCUAGAGAUAAAGAAAUGAAGCAUAAUGAAGAAACUGUAGGUAGUAUGCACACUUCUGCAAAGUCUAGGGAUACAAAUGAUUCAAAUCUGAGGAAGAGUUCAGGGCUGAGGAAUGAUCAACAAUUGCACAGUUUUGAUCAUCGUGAAAAUUCGGAAAAUCCAGAUAAUGCUGAACACAUUGGGCCAGAUGUGGAGAAUGAUAGUACAGGUCAAGUUCAGAAAUCUCAAAGUGCUGUAGCCAGUGCACCAAAACAGAACAAUGUAGAUGCUAAACAGUCACAGUCUUUCCAAGCCAGUGGUCAGUCUCAGCUUCCAGUUACAUCUAGACUGUUGCAAGAAACUGUAUCACAAAGAAACAAAACUACACAAAAGUUUGUCUCCAGUGCACCAGGCGUAUCUAAACCUGUGGCAAGUAACCAGAACAAAGAAUUCAAGAAACCAUUUGAUGUUGCUCCCAAAAGUCAAACUGUUGCCUGUUCUGGUGCUAGAAAAACUUUAAUGACUGAGACCUGCCCAAAGUUUAAGGUUUCUGACAAAACUAAACCAAAGUCUGUGUCAACAGAAUCUCUGAAUAAUAAACAAAGAACUGUGAACCAAUCUAGAAAUAAUACUUGUGGAAAUAAUGGUCAUGAAAAGAGUGCCCAGUCUAGGUAUAAUUCUCAGACUAGCAACCAGUCUGUUAAGAGUCAAGGUAACCUAAGCAGAGGUCAGCAGGCUGCAAGAGGUGACGGUCACAACGGAAGCAUACACAGUGUAGAUGACGAAAGUCAUGGACGUAUUGUUACUCAGGUAGAAACAACUAGUCCAGUGCCAGUAGAACAACCAAGGCCACAUGUUAACCGUAGACAGGGUUCUGGUAUAGGAGAUGCAAGCUUAGAUAUCAAGGGUAUGGAUGAAGUGAGACAGCAGUUACAGGGAAUGAUGAGGAUGUCAUAUGACCACAUGUCUGCACAAGAUCGUAGUCAGUAUGAACAUUCAGAUAUUAUAGCUGGAUUCGGUGUAGAUUUUGGAGAGCAACACAGACCACUUGAAACCUCGUGGAAUCUGAUGAGCCCAGUACUUUGUUCUAACAGGAAGCCAGGUGAAGAAGAUUUAAUGGAAAAUUUCCAAAGUUUCUCAUCGCAGUAUUUCACAGACAGUGGUAAUGUGUCACGUUCCGAUGCAUCCGUACAUGCCGAAAACCAGAGGCUGCGAGACAUGUUAGAGAAGGAGCGAUAUCGCAGAAAACACUGUGAACAGUAUAUCCAGCAGCUGAAUGUCAAGCUGCUGGAAACUCAACAACAAGUAGCUGUAGCAGUCUCUACAGACAAGAGGAAAGAUAUCAUGAUAGAACAGUUGGAUAAGCAAUUAGCCAGAGUGAUGGAAGGAUGGAAGAAGAGAGACCAGGAGAAAGAUGCUUUUGUUGAGGAGAUGCAGAAGGAGAAAGAAGAAAUAGAGAACAAUUUAAAACAGCAACAAGAGAUGAUCAGUAACUUUGAACAUGACAUGUCUGCAGCUGUUGAUGCAUUAAGACAAGAGAAAGAAAAUGCUGCUCAGAAUGCUGAUGAACUCCGGGAAAAGAUUCAAGAAACUGAAAGGUCUAAGAGUCAUGUGGAGGAGCUGUUAGAUGCAGAGAAAGAGAAAGUAGAUCUUAUGCAACAAGAAUGUGACAAUCUAAGAGAAUCGAGAGAAACCCUCGACAAGAAACUUGAUCAGAUGCAAAGGAGAUUACAUAGGGAACAAGAUGACUGGUUUCAGAGAGAGCAGGAAUUAUUACAGAGAAUUGAGGAGGUCUCAGAGAAAAGUAACAAAAUUCUACAAGCUGAAAGGGCAAAGAAUGAAGAGCAAGGGAAGUUAGCAGAAGAAAUCAUGGACCAGUACCAGGCAGCUAAUACAGCUGUGAAAAAGUUAGAGAUGGAAUUGGAUGCUGCUCUAAGGGAAAAGGAAAGUAUUAAAGUAGAGAUGGGGAUAAUGGAAGCCAAGUUUGAGAAUGCACAGAGAGUGCUUGAAGCUGACAUGCAUUCAACCAUGGAAAAGCAGAUUGCAGAACAAAUAGCUGAUGUACAGAGACGGCAUGAGAAAAGUGAGGAUGAACUACGUGAGAAGCAUCGAGAACAGAUGUUGGAGUUGAGCAAAAAGAAUGGCAAGGAGAUGGAGAGGCAGUUGUCUGUGUUCCGGGAGGAGAUGCAGAAGAAAGAGGAAGAGUUUAGGAAACAGUUACAGGAACUUGAAGCAAGACUUGCAGAAUACAGGACUGAGAAUGCAGACCUGAAGAUAUCCAAGCAGAAACUCGAGUCAACUAGACUGGAGAUUCUGACAAAGUUACAAUAUGCCAUGCAGACACAGUGGAAUGAGGCUCUAUGUCUUCUCUCAGCUACACCACAGAGAAAGCAGACACAAAGUAGAAUACCAGUGGUUGAUGAUGAUGCUGCGUCUGUUGUCUCAGCUCAGACUGCCCCAUCUGUAAACUUCAGUUUAUGUACACCAAACAGACCUCCAACCAAUCAAAGUAGUGCAUUUAUGCCAUUACCCAAUCAGAACACUCCUCCAAGAGGAGCAGCCAAUCAAUCUAGUCCUCCUCAGCAAUCAGCCAAUCAGCAGAGCCCAAGCAGAUCAGUAGCCAAUCAGUUUAGCCCAGUUCUUAGACACCAUGCUCUUCCCACAUUUAGCCCAGGAGGAGAGAGUAUGGUUUCACAUUCAACAGAGAAAGACCAUGGUGAAGUCACUGAGGCUUCAAUUGAAACGGCAGCCAUGUCUCAUCUCAAACAAUUCCAUGAUUAUAUGAACAGUUUUACAAAAACUCCAGAAUGGAUAGCAUCGAUCAAUAGUCAGGCUGAAGCUUCUGCCAUGCCACAUUUGUCUCACAGUCUGGGAAACACAGACCAGGUGUCUCAGCCAAGAUUGCCUUCACCUCCGGAGCUUGCAGCUCUCCUCUCAACUCAUUUACAUAACAUUCAACAACAGCAUUUGAUGCCCAACCCACACACUUCUGUCAGCCAAUCAGGAACAUUAUUUUCUCAACCAAAUUCAAUUUUGUCCAGUCAGAAGCAACCAGUAAAUUCAAACAGUGCUAGUUUGCCACCAAAUUUAAAUUUUGUGACAUCCAGGUCACAUGUUACUUCAAAUGUUAGUCAAGACAAGGACCUAUCUAAAUAUAGUAACACAGUCUCACAGUCAAACAUGAGUCAUCUAAAUGGAAGUAUAGCUAGUGAAACAACUGCUACAAAUUAUUCAAUACUGAGUGAAAAAGAAAGUGGGACAUUGUGGGAAGGAGCUCCUGGGAUGUCUCGAGCGGUGCCACUUCACCCACCUCAACAAGGACAGGACCCAUACAUGCAUGAUGACCAACAGUCAAAAGUAACAGGACACAUGAGGGGAUAUUUCCAGGGAGGGCAAAGCUUUUCCCCACCCACGAAACAGAACAAAGACAGUGAUUCAUUAGAAGAUCUUACAAACCAGUCAGACAGGUUAAAUGAAGAUUAUAGUCAGUUGUCAGAAAGGCUGGAACAACAUGGGUCACAUCAGGAAGAGUUGCAACACUAUAUUCAAAUGUUGUUACAUAGAUCACCAGGAGAAGUGACAAACAGGGAGCAAAAUGACUCCAUGUUCUCCCAGGAUAAUGAAGAAUUGGAUCUGAAUGAUACUGCCCAGGCAGCUCAGUUACAGAGGGAGUUAGAUAGGAUACAGGAACUGAGACAGAAACAGGGGACUUCAAAUAAACAGAGAAGCCCGAUGGAAGCUGAUACUGAAUUAAAGAAAGUUUCAUCUGAUACAACAAAUGACCAAGGACAAAACAGGAUUUUGAGUCCAGAACAAUUAGCUGAGGUUACUAAGUUACUCAAUCAUGUCAAAGGUCAAGGUCAGACACAGUCUAACAACCCACAAGUUACGGAACUUUUGGAGCUAUUGAAACAUGCACAACUUAACAAGGGGAACCAUCCGGAACAGAAGAAGGGAGCCAGGGCUCCUGCCGGUAAUCAUUGUGACAGACACAAAGCAACCUCUAUUGGAAUAAGAAGAAAUGUUCAGUUUAAUCCUGUAAAGGGUGUAGAUAGUUCUAAAACUCACCAAGAUGGCAGCCGAUCACAACAAGGUUUAAGAUCUAACCAACAGAAGAAAGUUGAGAGAAAAGUUGCUAACACAGCAGUUACCGAUAGAAAAGUUGCUGGCUCAGCUACAAAGGGUGAAAAAGGUUCAAAACCUGCAGCAUGGAAGUGAUACGUUUUUGCAACAGAUCUGUGUGCACGAUAUAUUACCUUCUCAAAGGAGUGCAGUUUAUUCAGUAUUGUGAAAGACAUUUAUUCCUCAACACUUAGCUCCUGGUGAUAAUGAGGAAGCCAUCCACGUGUGUUGCCAAAGGUGUCAAGUGUCAGUUCCACCCAGGUGUCUAUACCUGACCCUAUGCCAUGAUAGGCAAUUUGGUCUACUGUACUACUUUAGCUUGUUAGUCACGGUUGCUGUAGGAGUCUGUGUGACUGGCAGAUUAGUAAUUUUUAACAACUUUAGUGGUUAACAUUUUGUGGAACAUUGAGAUAGAACUUGUGCAUUUAAAAGAACUAAAUAUUGAUAUGUAAAUUUGAGGCCAUUUUUGUAAUGCAUUAAACUUCAGCUGUGUUUAGCACUUGUUUAAACCAAUCAUAAUAAUUCAUUACUUUUAAAUUCACCAUAGAAUUUUGUUUACAAAAAGAGGUAAUUUUAAAGAUGUGUAAGGAUUCAUAAAUGAUUCAUAAAGUUGACAGAACCAUCAGUUUGUGCAGUCAUUGUUGGCAGUUCAUUUAUGUGACAAUGUGAAGGUCAGCUUUGACUGUUGCAAUACUAUUUAGUAUUACUGUAUAUACUCCAGGGUAUAUUUCUUUAAGUGUGCUAGAAAAUGUUGAGAAAAUGUAAUCACAGUCCGGAUUUUGUUGAAUUUUAUUUUAGGUCGAUUGUAAGAAGUAUAUGGAGAGCUGUCUUACUUACCCUUGUGGCAGCAUCCACGACCUGAUUUGUUUAUAUGAUUUGAUGCAUUUUCACUUUAUAUCUGUAAUUACUUUAAGAAUUUGCUUCUAACUUUAAAUAAUUGUCCUGCAUCAUCACCCACUGCAUAUGACACAAAGGCGAUAUAUCUCGCACCAAUAUCCCUUUGUGCUAAUAAUUCCAGUCUAUCUCUGUUAAAUAAAUAGCAGCCAGUUUAUUUUUGCCAGACCAAAAAGUGUCAUUUUCCCCAUGGGAAUGCGAACAUUUCCCGUUUGGAGAACAUCUUCCUCAUGGGAAAUUUGUUUUCCAAUGGGAAACCUACGACGGUAUGCAUUUUUUUCCGUGGGAAAGAUGUUUUAAGGAAAUCUAUAUAUAUAUUACGCAGUUAUACUAAAACGGAUUUAAUUAAAUAUUGAAACUUAAAUAGUUAUUCCGCAUCAUGAGACACAGGCCUUAACCCUGGCUUGGUAUUUCAUGAAUCAUCUUUUUAUUUUGAAUUUCAGGUUAAAGAAUUCAUGCGAUUUCGUUCUCUGUUAUUGCUAAACAGAUUUGAUUCAAACUGAAAACACAUGUUGCACAACAUUAGCAAUAUUAUACAUUACAAGACCCCUUUACACUGUCCGGCAUCGCAAUAGCCGAGCACGCUGCCCUUGAAUUUCUAGUGAGACUGAAAAAAUGUGGAAAUCGUUUUGUUUAAAACUUGCCAUUGAUGUGCCAGACGUUCAGAAAUAGUAUCAUGAAAUAGGGAGGAGAUCUGUUCGCCCGUAUUUCCUAGAAGUAAAUCAUACGAUGUUUCAUAUUUCAUUGUAGGAACUCAUUCAAAUAUUUAUUGUAGUCUGAGUAGUCUGUAUCGUAUUACAUCUUUAUAGAAAAGAACUUGAAAAUGUUAAUUAAAUGUAAAUCUAUGUUUUAUUUUUUUAAAUAUAACCGCAACUUCAUGAAACGAAAGAAAAUAUGUUUGGAGUGUUAAUUUGAAGGACAUAGUCGAGGGUUUUACUUCUAAAAAUACAAUAAUGCAGAGUUGUAGACUAAUGCGAACAGUUUUACACAGAAAGAGCAAAGUCACCUUGAACGUCGUUAUGUUUAAACAAAAAAUAUUAUGAAUCAUUGUUUAUGGAGUAUUCAGAUAUCAGUUUAUCACGGUCCUUAUCACCGCUAGUGCUACAGUCGCCCGUUUGCAAAGGGAAAUGACUAGGUUGAUCAUCUUGAAUUCCAUGUUAUGGAAUUCCAUAAAUGCAGUUGAGGUUAGAUACCAAAGGCGGAUUGAGACCUCAGUUAUUUCUGAAGAAUUUUUUGGCCCACUUCGCAUACAAAACAUAUUGUCUGUAGUUUUGAUAAUUGCAGAAGUGAUUGAGUUUUUAGCUUACCUGUCACAAAGUGACAAGGUGAGCUUUUGUGAUCGCGCAGCGUCCGUCGUCCGUCCGUGCGUCCGUGCGUGCGUCCGUAAACUUUUGCUUGUGACCACUCUAGAGGUCACAUUUUUCAUGGGAUCUUUAUGAAAGUUGGUCAGAAUGUUCAUCUUGAUGAUAUCUAGAUCAAGUUCGAAACUGGGUCACGUGCCGUCAAAAACUAGGUCAGUAGGUCUAAAAAUAGAAAAACCUUGUGACCUUUCUAGAGGCCAUAUAUUUCACAAGAUCUUCAUGAAAACUGGUCAGAGUGUUCACCUUGAUGAUAUCUAUGUCAAGUUCGAAACCGGGUCACGUGCCAUCAAAAACUAGGUCAGUAGGUCUAAAAAUAGAAAAACCUUGUGACCUCUAUAGAGGCCGUACUUUUCAAUGGAUCUUCAUGAAAAUUGGUCAGAAUGUUCACCUUGAUGAUAUCUAGGGCAAGUUCGAAACUGGGUCACGUGUAAUCAAGAACUAGGUCAGUAGGUCAAAUAAUAAAAAAAACCUUAUGACCUCUCUAGAGGCCAUAUUUUUCAUGGGAUCUGUAUGAAAGUUGGUCUGAAUAUUCAUCUUGAUGAUAUCUAGGUCAAGUUCGAAACUGUGUCAACUGCGGUAAAAAACUAGGUCAGUAGGUCUAAAAAUAGAAAAACCUUUUGACAACUUUAGAGGCCAUAUUUUUCAAUGGAUCUUCAUGAAAAUUUGUCUGAAUGUUCACCUUGAUGAUAUCUAGAUAAAAUUUGAAACUGGGUCACGUGUGGUCAAAACUAGGUCAGUAGGUAUAAAAAUAGAAAAACCUUGUGACCUAUCUAUAGGCCAUACUCUUCAUGAGAUCUUCAUGAAAAUUGGUGAGAAUGUUCACCUUGAUAAUAUCUAGAUCAAGUUCAAAACUGGGUCAUGUGCCUUCAAAAACUAGGUCAUUAGGUCAAAUAAUAGAAAAACCUUGUGACCUCUCUAGAAGCCAUAUUUUUCAAUGGAUCUUCAUGAAAAUUGGGUCAUGUGGAGAAGGUGAGCGAUUCAGGACCAUCAUGGUCCUCUUGUUUUGUAAGUUAACAAAAGAUAAAAAAUGAGUGUGACAAAUAGUUACAUUGAAAUAUAGGUUUAAUUGCACUAUUUGACGUAUAUUUGCCAAAACAUUUUUAGCGGGCUUGACACAAAAAAAACGCUCAUAGAAAUUCGGUGCACGUGGAAAACUAAGGCGGGAAUGACUUACUGCUGGUUAUAAUCGACACAAUACCUUUAAUAAUAAAGUAGUUUAAUUUUCAAGCAGUUUCCGUAAUAUAUUGCGCUCACUACAGCGCUUCAUGUAAUAUGUUUUCUGUGCUUUCCGUGUAUUAUCUGUGUUUGGAUCGCUGGAAACUCCUAAUAACUAGAGCGUUUUGCACAUCCUGUUGUAUCUUUGAGCGAUCCGUUUUUAAUUAAGUUUCUCUUCCGCCGUGAGAAAAGUGACCACUGUUUCUUAUUUGAAUCAGAUAUCGUACAAUAAAUUCUAUUUUAAGGAUACAAAAAUAAAAGUAUUGUCAAUUCUGUGAAUAUUGUCUCUAAUAAAGUAGCUUACAGUGAAAUGGCCAGAUAGUUUUCUUAUCGAUAAUGUUCUCAACUAAACGUAAUCUACUUCGUAUUUCCCUCCACAAAAAGUAUAUAUUAAACAACAGUUCUUGUUUUUACCAAAAGAAAAAAAAAUAAGAAAGGUUUCUAGAGUUCUAUAAUCCGUUUCUCUAAGUAUAUCUUGUACCAUUCUCGAACUAUGAUUAAAGUCUUCUCUAGGACUCGCAUAUUAGAUACCGUCUAUAAAUGUACAAAAAAUUACAAAAUUUGUUACAUAAUUAUAUUUUACACAAAAAAAAGUUUGUUUUAGAUUAUUCCAAAUUAAUAAGAAUACUAAUUCUCGAUAAGAUGUUGUCGUAAUAAUUAGCAUAUUUCAAAUGGUUUAACUGUACACUCAUUUCAACUUAUCACUUUUGUAAACAGAUAUGGCUUGUAUUUAUUCAUAUUACAUAUUAUAUCUGUGCCCUAUAAAUUUGCCGUAAACUAAGUUGAAAGAUGAGCGUAACGUUACAAUGCUGUGUACAGAUAAACAAGAAAUACAUUUGUAUAAAGCAGCAAUGCUUUAAGACGUGUGUGUGUGUGUGAAUGCAUUUUCAGUUUUGGUUUUUUUGCGUCAUUGUAACGGUCAGUCUGUUUUCACCCAGUCUAAUUAAUGUCAUGAUUUAAUUGUAUCAGUCUGUGAUAUUUUUGUCCAAAUAUAUAAUAUAGAACUUAGCUUACAUUAUUUCCUCUUUAUUUUGUUUACAUUUUUGUCUUACUUGUAUGUGUUCAUAUUCUAAUUUUUGUCUGAAAUCUCAGAUUUAUUUGCUCCAAUAAAAUAAUUCGUUGAA